CUGGCGCGGGCCCGGGAGCGCCGGGCACACCUCGCCCCGCCCCCCACGCCCCGCGACCUGCGCGCCGCCACUGCCCUCUGGAGGGACCACGACGCAGCCGAGAACGAUAUGGUCGCUAUAGACGCGCAGAUGCAGGUGCUCCAGGAGGAAGGAUCUCGCCUCCAGCGGUUACGCCCCGGCGGUAACUCCCAGCAGAUAGCGCUGAGACAGCAGGCGCUCAGUGAGGCGUGGCGCUCCGUGACGUCAUCUCGUGGUCGUCAUCCCUCCGCAGCGAGAUGUCAUCCCCAGCUGCCGCAGGCUCAGCAGCAGCUGAGGGCGGAGAAAGAGGCGCGCGACGACUGUUUCAAGGACGUACUGGCCAGGGGGCAGAGGUUACUGGAUGAGGAACGUCCCAGCUCAGCGGAGAUCGAGGAGCGUUGCCGCGCGGCAGGUGGCGGGUGGCGUUGGAGCAGCUGA